CAGCCAGUAAAAAAAUACUGCAUUUUUGGUGUUAUUUUUUUAUUCUCAUUGGGUGGGCAAGACAGUCGUCUCGGUGGGCACAACCUACCCCUGCCCAUGCCUAGAGUCGUCCGUGGGUGGAGUUAUAACGGUACCGUUAAAGAAAGGGAAACUAACUCCAUGUAGGCCAUCACUUUAACCGCACCGAACAACACAAUAUUUCUUCAGUCCUUGUAAGAAUGAAAACAUCUGAUGCUCUCUCUCAGGAGAUGAUGGAGGAGAAGCAAAGUGCAGCUGAGAAAUGCAAUGAAGAAGUCUUUAUCGAUCUGAAGAAGAAAGACACUGCGCUGAAGAACGUGAAACAGAAAACAUCAGAUAAUGUUAUUAAAGUUAAUGAUCAGGAGACCAGAAAUCGAGAUCAGGAGAUCAGACAUCGAGAUCAGGGGAUCAUUCUGCUAAAGAAUAGAAAUAUUGAGCAGCAGCAGAAAAUCUCAAACACUGAAAACAAUCCCCGCGUUCUAAAGGAUAAAAAUCAGAAAGACUUGAGUGGUCCGCAGAAGUCUUCGUCUGACGGUUCUUUUAAGUUCUGGUUCCUGGUUGUGGGAGUCCUGUUUGUGUUUGCUUGUUGUUGUGCUCUGGUUUACAAAGACAAGCAACAUACAACUGAAAGACUUGAGGCAACAAAAACGGAAAUCACUGAAUUGAAGAAGAGAAACAAUGAGCUGGACUUAGACAUACGACGCCGUGAAGCUGAAAGAUUUAAGGCAACAAAAACGGAAAUCACUGAAUUGAAGAAGAGAAACAAUGAGCUGGUCUUAGAGAUGCAACGCCGUGAAGCUGAAAACAGUGAAUUAAAGAAGAGAAACAAUGAGCUGGACUUACACUUGCAACGCUGUAAAGAUGAAUCCUACGAAAGACUUGAGCCAUCAGCAGUCCCCAGCAUGUACUGGAUCCUGAUUGUUGGACUUGUCCUGAUUGUGGUUUAUACUCGGGCUAACAAAAAGACACAAAAUUCAGAAGACUUGAGGCAACAAAUACAGGAUUCACUGAAUGGAGGAGAGACAAUUAGCUGGACUCAGUAUUACAGGGUUGUGAAGCUGAAAUCACUGAAAUGAAGAAGAGAAACAAUAUUCUGGACUUCCACAUACGAUGGUGAAAAGCUGAGUGUAGAGAUGAUUCAGGAUAGUGUUGCGGGCACAGGUUUCAGAGACUGUACCUCUGAAGCAUUUGCGUCUGUUCUCUCACAGCUCUCCUCUUAGUGUGUUUUUAUUUGGUCAUAGAAACAUCAAUUAUAAGAUAUAAACAUUACAUAACAUAA